UUGCUCAUGGCUUGUUCCUGGUCCAUGGUAACUGCAUCCUAAUAUGGCUUCAUGUGUUUGUUAAUUCAGUCUGCAAAUGUUGGGAUUGUUGAAGUGUUAACUCCAUUAGCAUGCUUUUGUAAAGUGGGUUGCAAUAGGCAUAUACUGUUAAACACUGAAUAUUCUCUUGUAGUGCUAUUUUAUUUUAAAUAUUAGUCAUUUAAAACUUUAACUCUUAUUUUUAUUUCUGUAGAUUUUCAAGAGAAUGACAACUCGUCCUCUCUUCAGGGUCGUCCACAAAUUAAACAACCUAAUGAGAAUAGGAAGAAACUGGCAUCUGCAACAAAAGACUUGGUAACGGCCUCUCAGCACCCUAGAUUUCAGCCCAUUGUGAAGCUAGCAAGAAUCGAUGUCAUCAAAACUCAAGGAUUGUACAAUCUAAAUCCAAUCCGCCAACAGUGUGUGAGAACAUUUAAAUACAAAUUGAAUUCUAAAGAUAAUGGAAGGAUUCAUGGGAGUAAGAAACCGUAUCACUGUCCUGAAGGUGGGAAACAAUUCUCAAAUAGUCACAUGCCUAAGAAACACAGAGAAGAUAAUACAGGGAAGGAGCCAUACCACCGUUCUGAAUGUGUUAAGAACUUUUCAAAAUGCAGCCAUACCACAACUCCCAUUGUAGAGAAACCAUAUUUGUCUAAAGAUGGCAAACGAUUCUCACAAGUGAGCCACCUUGAGACACACAUGAUUGGUCAUGGAGGACAGGGUUUAUGCCGUUGUUUACCACAUGCUGGACAUUCCUUUGACAAGAGCAGUCUUUUCAAACACAAAAUAAUUAAUACUGGAGAGAAACCAUAUUGUUGUUCUGAAUGUGGCAAAUGGUUCUCAAAAACAAGCAUUCUUCAGACACACAUGAGAAUGCACACAGGAGAACAGCCAUUUUCCUGUUUUGAAUGUGGCAAACGGUUCUCACAAACAGGCCAUCUUCAGACACACAUGAGAGUGCACACAGGAGAACAGCCAUUUUCCUGUUCUCAAUGUGGCAAACAAUUUUCAGAUAGCAGUAAUUAUCGCAGGCAUUUAAGAGUUCACACUGGUGAGAAGCCCUAUUGCUGUCCUGAAUGUGGCAAAAGAUUUUCCGACACAGGCGGUCUAAUGCGUCACGCAGAAGUCCACAGUAAAGACCGUCCUUAUGCCUGUUCUGAAUGUGGCAAGAAAUUCUCACGAAGAAGCAAUCUUCACAGACAUAUAAGAACACACGUUUGAUAGAGGCCAUACUCGUUUCCUGAUUGUGACAAGCUAUUCACCGAUAACAGCAGCCUUCAUAGACACAACAGAAUUCAUUCUGGAUUAAGGCCAUAUUGUUGCUCUGAAUGUGGUAAGCGAUUCAUACAACCGUGCAGUCUUCAUCGACACGUAAGAACUCACACAGGAGAAAAGCCAUACUGUUGCUCUAAGUGUGGAAAAACAUUCAUACAGAAAACUCAUCUUCAGGGACACAUGAAAAUUCAUGCUAAAAAGGCAAAGUCCAAAGAGACUGUAAAUAACAAAAAGAAAAAUCUGAAAUAAUUCAGUCAGGUGUGGAAAGAAAAUUGGAAUUGCUCUGCUAGUUGGUUACACAGAAUGCAAAUGACAAAAAGUUGCAGACUCAUUUAGGCAACCCUGCUUAUUAAUUUACUGUA